UCAUUUUAUUCUAUUUAAACAACCUUCUUGUAUGCAAUACUUACCAAACCUUUUACCAUAUUAAGUGUAGUAGUCAAAGAGUGUAGAGAUUCUCAAAACUAUUCUAUUAUCAAUGGCUGUUUCAUCUUGUCAAACUAUCAUGUCAAGUUCUAUGACCAACAUUUCUAGCAGGUCAAGAGUUAACCAAUUCAGCAACAUCCCUUCUGUGUACACGCCAAGUUUCAGAAGGAAUGUUAACCUCAAAGUACGAUCCAUGGCUGAGGGAGAACAGAAAGAGCAAUCAAAGGUACCUGUUGACCCUAUUACCCCAAUUGCACCAACACCAACACCACAACCAGCCUAUACUCGUCCACCAAAGAUGAGCACAAAGUUUUCUGAUUUGAUGGCAUUUGGUGGGCCAGCACCUGAAAGGAUCAAUGGAAGAUUGGCUAUGAUUGGUUUUGUUGCAGCAUUGGGGGUGGAGAUAGCAAGAGGGCAGGGUUUGUUUGAACAGAUAUCUGGUGGUGGAGUUCCAUGGUUCUUGGGGACAAGUGUGUUGUUGACACUUGCUUCCUUGAUUCCAUUUUUGCAAGGUGUUAGUGUUGAGUCUAAAUCUAAGAGUAUCAUGUCCUCAGAUGCAGAGCUUUGGAAUGGAAGAAUUGCUAUGUUGGGUUUGAUUGCAUUGGCAUUCACAGAGUAUGUUAAGGGCACAUCCCUUGUGUAAUGCUAGAGUUCUUUAGGACACAUUUAAAGUCUAUAGAAUUUGAGGUUAGAAGGCAAUCAAGGAAUCGUCCAUGUAUAUUCCUACAUAGUUACUCUGCAUCCUGUAUACAAGCAAAAGAGUGUACAUAAACUCUCUUUAUACUUAGAAAAGAGCAUCUUUAAUUUCUUCGACUGAAUAAAAUUCUUCUAAAUUUUGCUCUAUAAUCUUUGGCUUAUAUGUUGAAAAGGCUUGUGUUUUGUUUUUACCAAUCACUUAUAGUAGUUAUGUGAAAUUACUUUGUUCUUUGUUAACAGUGUCACUGCUUCGUGAUUGUCUGCUACAGCAAAUUGGUAAUAAGGUGUCGG